GAACUGGAUCCAGAACUUCAAAGCAAGAAGUGUGCUCAGCUAAAAGGUAAGAGAGAAAAAGUUCAUUAUCAUGAGAGUCAUGAUCAAUAUAGCAGCCAUGUAAAGCUAAUUGUUUUCAGCAGAGGACUAAUUCUGAUCAAACUUGUUAUGUCUGUGGUACAAGUGUUUUCUGUUUUAACUUUUUUAGAGUCUGUAGUUUGAGUAUCAAAAGUUGAUUUAACACUAAUUAUAAUCUUCUAUACAAUAACAUUCAUAUUGAGUUGGGUUAAAGUUGGUAACUUACCCAGUUUUGAACUGUGCAUUCAAAUUUUUAUCAAUAUCUUUUCAGUUUUCUUACUUUUAAUGAAAUAACUGUGUCACUGUCAGUAUUUUUAAACUAGAUUUGCACAAAUGCAAACCUUGUGUGUCUGUGUGUGGGUGUUUGGAUUGCAUUGCCAAUGUUUCGUCAGUGGAUGCAGAAUGUUUGAGUGUUCCAGUGAAAAAUGGUGAUGGCUAACACAGAUGUGUAAUUCGAGUGGGGGGACUCCAUACAGUCUUUUUAAAAUUUGACCUCAAACCACUCGAAAAGUUGAGGGAUUUUCUGGUCAAAGUACAAACUGUAUUAUUUUCUUUUUUCCAACAGUCAAAUAAAAACUUGGUUUUAUUCUCUGAAUUUUGUUAUGACACAUGGUUGUAGAACUGACUCAUAUUUACUCAUUUGAAUUGAUACUCAAAUUAUGUUACUAAAAUAAGAUGGCAAUUAUAUAAUGCUUUUUUAAAAAAGCAUUUUUUAUCUUUCUCUUAUUCUUCCCCUGGUGCAGCUCCUCUGCUUGGACCCUGCUUUCUUUGUAGUUCCUUUUGUGAAGAGGUGAAAGUUCAAAGGUCAAACAUAGCAGCAGUGUGUGAGAAUGUCGCUGAGGCUCCUUCUUCUCAUCACUGGAAUAACCUCAGCCACUUUUGUUACAGCUCAAGGUGAGACUCUCUCAAAGCCCGAAAGUCACUCCACUCCUGUCUUUCCAAUACAAAAGGAAAAACUAUCAGCACCGUCCUCCUCAGACAGGGAAUCUUAAAAACACAAGGUCAGGGGAAGGCACGUAAUGACAGAAACAGACUGAUCAACUCCACAUGUAAAUCCUGACAUUUCUCCUGCACUGUUGAAAGAAUUGAAUCAUUGUGUUUUCAUGACCCCCAAUAAGCUUUUUUCAAUCAGCAUCAAGACUGGUGGGCCUUUAUGAACUCAGACAGCUACAAUGAAUGCUUUAAUAAAACCCUAACUCUCAGUAACACACAAGAGUCGCAAUACUUGAGGUGUGCAAUCAAGGAAAAACACAUUUUUGGACAUGUAAAAGUCAGCUGGUCUGUCAAGAAGACCACAAGCCAAGUGAUCUGAACUUCUUUUAAAUAACCUGAUUUAUGUUCGUUCUGUAACUUUGGUCCCAGUAAGUUCCCUUGACUGAAAAUACAGAUGAUCAGCACUGUGUUUUGGUAAAUAUCAUCUAUUUACUCUAAUUUGCCUCUUUAAGGACAAUGGAGAAGAGAUAACAGAGAGUCAAGUCCUUCUGCGUUACACUCUGAAGGUUCGGACAUUUAUCAAUAUCACAUUUUAUCACAUUUGUCUGUUUAUUGGAUUAAGUUCAAUUUUUAGCAUGUGAUUGACAGUAUUUUGGACAAAGUUGGUGAGAACUGUUACUUAGGCUGUUUUUCUCCUUACUCUGUGUCCAGAUGACUAUGAGUGGACCACAUGGUUCAAUGUUGAUCACCCUGGAGGCCGUGGAGACUAUGAACAGCUGGAAGCCAUUCGCUUCUACUACCGCGCUCGAGUCUGUGAGACUCCCCGGGCGAUAGAUGCCAGAACCACUGAUUGGGUCCCAGCCCGUGAAACUGGAGAGAAGGUCCAUGCAGACCCCACUGUUGGCUUCUGGUGCCUCAAUGAGGAACAGGGUCCUGAUCGCAACUGCUCCAACUACGCAGUCCGCUUCCUCUGUCCUAAAGGUUCUGUUUUAAAAGGCUUGGCUCAAAUUCUGUUUCUAAAGCUCAGUUCAAUAAUACAGCAAGACUACAUACCUUUAGUCCAGGAUGUAAAAAAGCUUGAACUGAAACUUGAAAUGAAGUUGAUCACGUGCACUUUUGUCACUUGCACUCUUUUUUUCCAACAGAAAACCCGGUGAACAUUCAGGGUACUUGGGGUCAGUGGUCUGACUGGAGCCCAUGCCCUGCUCUCUGUGAUCAGGUGGGGGUCCAACUGCGCUCAAGAAACUGCCAGUCCAAAUCUGCACCUUGCAUUGGGCCUAAAGUAGAGGGGAAAGAAUGCAAUGGACCGGAGUGCCCAAAAACAGGUGAAGUAGACCUGGUUUCACCAAACAGACUUUGUGCCUUCAUAUAUCUCCUUAUUCAACCAGCUUGUGGUUUUUCUCAUCAAGUAUGGGAGUAUUAUACUCACCAAUAGGCUCACCUUAUUCAUUCUUCUCUCCAGAUUGCUUUAUGCAGUGUGAGAUGGGGAGGGUGAAUGCAGAGUGUGACGCAUGCAUGUGUGAAGAUCACAUCCUGCUUGGCUCUGUUCGUGGGGCCGGGGGUCUUACGGCUGAAGGGGCUACUAUCCUCCGCUCUGACAAACUUCUUACCCUUACCGACCACAACGGGCAUUUCCGCAUCCCUGGCAUCUGCCCAGAUGGCAACACCACCCUGACAGUCACCCUGCAGGGUCAUGCUACCCUUGGUGUUUUGGUGCCUCACAGUGCUGAACGUACCUCUGUCCUCAGUGUGCAGAUGAAAAGAACAGGUAUAAUAGUAGAUUUAGACCAAAAAUCUUGGUGGGAGUUCCAGUGACCAUACGGUUGUUUUGAGUUAUACAUAACUGUUGAGCUUUUUAGCUUGUCAGGAAGCUAAUGAGUAAUGUCUUAUCUCUUAUCAGAAAAGCUUCAUGUGCUGAGCAACCCUGAGAGCAAGGUCAGGAGGGAGGGACAAGCUACUGCCUUCUGCUGCAACGUGGAGGGAACACCACAACCACAUGAGUAUCAAUGGUGGGACCCAUAAAAGAUCAAUUAUUCCAUCAAAAUGAUACAAGUGCCAUUCCAGUGUUUGGAUAAUACGGUACAAUCAGUGACCCUUUUCUUAAUCAACAGGUUUCAUAACAACAGUCUCAUGGAGAGGCACUCAGAGAGCAUCUUGGUCCUAAAAGAUCUGCAGAUGGAGCAGAGUGGAGAGUACCACUGCAGGGCAAUCAGCCAGUCUGGGGCUAUUAAGACCAAACCAGCUACCCUCAAAGUCUUAGGUGGGUUCAUAAUGGAUCAAUACUGAUACAUACGAAUGACAGAUAUAAUAGGAUUUAUUGUAUUUUCAUGACUACAUUUUCUUACACAGGAAAAGCAGCACUUUCAUGUAAUCCCAAACCUGAGUCCCACCUCAUCCGGCUUCCACAUGACUGCUACCAAAACAGCACAGACUCUUUCUACUAUGAUGUAGGCAAGUGUCCUUCCAGUACAUGUGCUGGACAGCUGGACAAUGGCAUCAGGUGCAAAGACAAAGUCUCUUACUGCUGUGGUGUGCAAAAGAUGGAGGAGAGGCAGCUAACCUGCCAGGGUUACCAGCUGCCCACCAUGGUGGUGACUGAGUGUGGCUGCCAGAAAUGUGUUGAUACCAAGGCCAUAGUUUACGGCAGAGCCAUUGCUGCAGAUAAUGGGGAGCCAAUGAGGUUUGGUCAUAUCUUUAUGAAUGGAGUUAGAAUCAGCCGCACAGGCUACAAAGGAACUUUCUCCAUCCAGGUUCCUCCAGAUACAGUAAGGCUUGUCCUGACUUUUGUUGACAACAUGCAGAAAUUUGUCAACACUACUAAAGUACUCCCAUUUAACACCAAAGGAGGUGCUGUUUACCAUGAGAUCAAACUUUUGAGAAAGAAAGCCCCUGUGACCAUCAGUGCAACAGAAACCAACACACUGGAGCUUGGAGAGGUAGAGGGUCAGGAGGCGAUGGUUCAGAUCCAGAUUCCUCCCAAUUCCUUCUACACAGAGCGAGGGGAGGUCUUCACUGGUAAAGUUAAUGCAAGUGUGACCUUCCUGGACCCCAGGGAUGUCUCCACAGCUGCUGCAGCUCAAAGUGAUCUCAACUUUGUUGGAGAUGAAGGGGAUACUCUGCCCUUAAGAACCUAUGGGAUGUUUUCAGUUGACUUCAGGGGUGAGGAAAACAAUGAGCCCCUGAAUGCAGGUGAAGUGAAGGUGUUCUUGGAUUCUGACCAGGUGAAAAUGUCUGAACACCUCGAUAUCAUGAAGUUAUGGUCACUAAACCCUGAUACGGGCCUGUGGGAGGAGGAAGGAAGUCUGCAGGCUGAGAAGAAAAGAAGAGGUAAAAGGGAGGAGCGAACAUUUCUGAUUGGUAACAUGGAGAUCAGAGAGAGACGUCUUUUCAACCUGGAUGUCCCAGAGAACCGCAGGUGCUAUGUCAAAGUGAGGGCCUUCCGCAGUGAACGCUUCAUGCCCAGUGAGCAGGUGGAGGGAGUUGUCAUCAGUCUCAUAAACAUGGAGCCCACAGCUGGCUACUCAACCAACCCCCGGGCCUGGGGCAGAUUUGAUAGUGUCGUCACUGGUUCCAAUGGGGCCUGUCUCCCCGCCUUCUGUGAUGAACAAAAAGCUGACGCCUACACUGCCUACGUCAUGGCCAACCUCGGUGGAGAGGAGCUGGAGGCUGUCCCUUCUGCUCCCAAACUCAACCCAAACCUUAUUGGAGUGCCUCAACCUUACCUGGGUAAGCUAAACUACAGGCGGACUGAUCAUGAUGACUCCAGGGUAAAAAAGACUGCGUUCAGCAUUAAUGUGGCAAAACCCAGUCCAAACACAGCUGAGGAAAGCAAUGGACCAGUGUACUCAUUUGAGAACUUGAAAGAAUGCGAAGAGGCUCCAUUUAGUGCCCCACACUUCCGCUUUUCAAGAGUAGAAGGAGACCGCUACGAUUACAACACAGUGCCAUUCAAUGAAGAUGACCCCAUGAGCUGGACAGAAGACUACCUGAGCUGGUGGCCAAAACCCAUGGAAUAUCGAGCCUGCUACAUUAAAGUCAAAAUCAACAGCCCACAUGAGAUAAAUGUGCGAUCACGCAACAUGGGUGGCACCCAUCCAAAGACAGUAGGCCAGCUGUAUGGCCUCAGAGACACUCGUAGUAUCCGUGACAUGGACCAAACAGCCGUAUCGGCAGUCUGCUUGGAGUUCAAGUGCAGCGGGAUGUUGUACGAUCAGGAACGUGUAGAUCGUACCCUGGUGAAAGUGCUGCCACAAGGAAGCUGUAAGAGAGAUCAUGUCAAUUCAAUGCUGCAGGAGUAUCUGGUCAACCACCUUCCUCUCGCCGUCAACAAUGACACAAAUGAGUUCACCAUGCUGGCACCUCUUGACCCUCUGGGCCAUAAUUAUGGAAUUUAUACUGUGACAGACCAGGAUCCCCGCACAGCCAAAGAAAUCGCACUUGGACGCUGUUUCGAUGGCACCUCUGACGGCACAUCUCGGGUCAUGAAGAGCAAUGAUGGUAUAGCACUGACAUUCACCUGUGGAGAUCGUGAGGUGACGCGUCAGAAUGUUUUCCAGGCCCUACAGAAUACUAGGGGUCAGACAGUCACAAGUGUGGUGAGAGGAGAUGGCAGACAGAACCGUCGGCAGAGAGCAAACGCACCCCGCAAAGGUCGAAGACGUAGCACCAGAGAUCCUCUGGGUAGACGAUCAAAAUCAUCAAACUAA